AUGGUUGACACUGCUCUGUGCGGCGGUGACCACGAACCGGAAUCUAGGGCAAAGGAAGGAGCUGCGGCGACGCUGGGAAUCUCCACGGCAAAGGAACAACGACACAGUGAGUUUCUCUACUGCCACCGCCGCCUCCCUUGUCGCCAUUGCCCGUUGUCGUCGCUCCGUUGGGGACACCUCCCGAUUCUGAGCCAUCGCCGUCAUGUCGCGGGAGCCCAGCGCUGUGACACCGGCGCCACCUCACUUUCACCGUCGCCCUGUCGUCGCCCCUCCCCUCCUCACUGGUCAGACGUGGCCACCUUACUAGCCCGUAGCCGCGGCUCCGCAGCUACCACGAUCGCCACCACCAUUGAGGUCGGCCACUGCCGGAGUAUUAAGGUAAAGAUUAAGACUUUUGACACGAGACAGGCAUUUCGAUGUGGAGACAGUUCAGGACAAUCUUCAAUUGAAGAGACAUUGAUUUGUUGCAUCCAGCUUAACAACAAAUUGAAGAAAGAAGCAGCAGCAGCUAGAGGAGAAGAGUACGAGUAUCCAAAGCUGAGACGAAAAAGUGGAGAUGGAUGAGUAUGAUUUUAUGCUGGCGUAGAUCAUUAGAAGAAUGGGAAGCCCUUAUCAAAGAUAUCAGUUGCAGGAAAGCUCUUCGCCUUCCGGUGGAGCCUGGAAGAUACCUAGAUGGCGACUUAAGAACUCCAAGAAGAGCAAGGAGAGGAUGGUAGAACAUAACAAAUCUAUUGUUGGAAGAGGUACUGUCGGGUAUGAUAUGUAGCCAUUGAACAAAGGAUGCGCCUCCCAGCACAGAGCAAGGCCACAGCCAAAAAUGUGAAGGAGAAAGAACCUGAGGAAGAUUAGUCAUUCAUUUUCUGCAAACAGCCUAUUGUAAAUGGUACCAAUCUCCCGGUCAGACGAAGGCAUGUUUUUUUGAAUUUAAGAUAUUUAUGUUUAUUUUUCUGAAAAAUAAAUAUCAUGGCCUUACCUACCAGCCCGAACACAGGCUGAAUCAGGCCAAAUCA